UUCUGAUAUUCGAUACUUUGGAAGCUACUUGUGGGUAUGGCUCUCUACGUGUGCUGUAGACCCUGAAAUAUGAUGAUGUAUUCCUGCUCCCAACAGCGACAUCAGAUUUUAAAAUGUGCCAUGCAGAUUCUUUAAAUAGAACCAUAUUUGGAGUGCUAUGCUCUCUUUUGAGGGAUGGGGCUGAAUGACAUUGAUUAAGGAAUCUGGAGCCCUUCAUUUCUGUGAUAGGAAUGAAUCAAAACAAAUAACCUAGUUAGUGACUUUUAGUAGGUUUUAGAUUUCAAGUCCAGAAGAGCCCACUCUGAUCAUCUUGUCUAGACUCCUGCAUAACACAGAACAGUAAUUCAUGUAUCAUACCCACAAAUAAAAUGUCCACAAGAAACUUCUAAGGUCUUGAAUUCCUCGUCUCCCAUCCAAAGAAAUACUCCUACCUUGGCUCCACAAUGCUGUGCUGACAUCUGUUCUUUCUGAUUUGUGAAUGAGCUGGUGCCCAAAAAGCAAUUUAAGCAGUGGAUAGUUGCCCACACUAAACUCCUACAAGCUAAUUCUGCUGUUGGGUAUUCUCAAUGUGAGACAGUGGGUUGAAUAGGCAUAGAAGACAAGUUGCCCUUUAGCCUUUAGACAUGGCCUUUUGAGGUGAAGAGUUAAAAUAGCAAGGACACUUGCACUGCCAAAAACUGUUCAGGUAUAAAUUGAGUCCAUUACUUUUCUUAAUCACUAAACUAACUUAACAGUUUGCAAAGAACUAGUCUAGUUGGUGUUGCUGAUUCAGUAGAUCUCCUUUUCUUCUGAGACAAAAUGGUGUGAGGUAGCCUCUCAUAUUAGAAGUCUCUAACAGUGGGCAUGAAGUAUUCCAUUGCACUUUAUGCAAGAAUAGCUGUGGCAGUGUUGGUGUCCUGCCCAGCUUCCAUUUAGAGUAAUUGCACAGGCUAUCUACUUACAACUGGAUAUGGAAUUAAACCAAAGUAUUUACUUCCUAUCCUAAGUCUGUUUAAAGUUUGAAACACGCUGAUAUGUAGCAGCUCGCAGAUCCCUUCAUUUGAAAAAUGCUGCUAUAUGCCAUACAUGUAAUAACUUUUUUUUGUUCUUGUUUUGCUUAUUUCCCCCACCCUUCCCCAUCUCAUCCCAGGGAAAGACUCUUCCAGCUGAACACAAUUAUUAGUCUCAUUCUGUGGCUUGCUUCUUUUAGGUUCUGUUACUGUACCAAGUGAAGUGAUUCAGAAUGCCCCUCAAUGAUGGCCAGAACAGUGAUUUUGAUUCUUCAAGGCUGUCUGAAAGCACAGCUUCUUCCAGUGACUCUGAAUAUUCAAGGCAGAGUUUUACUAGUGACUCUUCAAGCAAACCCAGCUCCCCAGCUUCAACAAGCCCUCCAAAAACUGUUACAUUUGAUGAACUGAUGGCUGCUGCAAGAAACUUGUCAAAUUUGACUCUAGCUCAUGAAAUUGCUGUAAAUGAAAACUUUCACAUGGAACAUGUAGACCUCCCACGGAACAGUUUGGAGGGUAGAGUGAAACAAAUUGUACAUAAGGCAUUCUGGGAUCUUUUGGAGUCAGAACUGAAUGAAGAUCCUCCAGAAUAUGAUCAUGCUAUCAAGCUCUUUGAAGAAAUUAAGGAGACUCUUCUGUCAUUUUUGACUCCUGGAGCAAACAGGAUUCGAAACCAAAUCUGUGAAGUACUGGAUGCAGAUCUUUUAAGACAGCAGGUCGAGCAUAAUGCUGUUGAUGUUCUUGGGCUUGCUAACUAUGUAAUCAACACUAUGGGAAAAUUAUGUGCUCCAAUAAGAGAUGAUGAUAUAAAACAAUUAAAAGCAACUGGCAAUAUUGUAGAGUUGUUGAGACAAAUAUUCCACGUUCUGGAUCUCAUGAAAAUGGAUAUGGUUAAUUAUACAAUUCAAAAUCUUAGACCACAGCUUCAGCGUAACUUAGUCGACUACGAAAGAACAAAAUUCCAAGAAAUUCUUGAAGAAACACCAAGUGCUCUGGAUCUAACAACAGAGUGGAUAAAGGAGUCAAUAAAAGAUGAGUUGUUGUCUGUUUCUUGUGAAACCACUUCAUCCCCUGGUGCUAUUGGUAGUUCUAAACCAAAUCUCAGUCCUACUCUGGUGCUAAACAAUGGCUACUUGAAACUGUUGCAAUGGGAUUAUCAGAAAAAAGCAAUUCCAGAGACAUUAGUAACGGAUGAAGUUCGUCUUCAGAAGUUGAAGGAGAAGCUGAAUGCACUCCAGAUUAUAGCCUGUGUAUCUCUUAUAACGAGCAAUAUGGUGGGCGCAUCUAUUGUGAGCUUACCUGACUUUGCUGACAAAUUAAAAAGGAUUUCAGCUGUUCUCCUGGAGGGAAUGAACAAAGAAGCAUUUGAUUUGAAGGAAGCUCUGAACGCAGUAGGUGUUCAGAUUUGCAGUGAAGUGAACAGGUCCCUGUCUGAGAGAGGAUUUCCCACUCUCAAUAUGGAAAUUCAAAACAGCCUAAUAGGUCAGAUCUGUAGCAUUGUAGAAGAAGAUAAUCCUAUCAGCUUCCUGAUUGAUAAACGAAUCCAGCUAUAUAUGAAAAGCCUACUUACUCCUCCAGGCAUUCAGAAAUGUAUGCCUACAAUUCCAGGAGGCCUUGCUGUGAUUCAGGCAGAGAUAGAAUCUAUUGGAUCUCAGUAUGCAAGCAUUGUGAAUUUUAAUAAGCAAGUGUAUGGACCAUUUUAUGCAAAUAUUCUUCGAAAACUGCUUUUUAGUGAAGCACCAAUAGGGAAAACAGAAACUGAAGCUUCUACUAAUUGAGGGAAAAGUGUGCUCUGGUUGUGCAUCCACCUCUUUUUCCCUUCACGGUAUUUAUUAUAUAUUGUGAACUCUGUUCCCUCAAUGUGUAUAAUUUACUUCAGUGAUUGUUACUGAGACCGGGAUAAACAGGUGUAUCCAAAGGAGAAUAAAUCCUAUACAGCCGGUCCCCGACUUAUGAACGAGUUACGGACCAAACUCUUGGUUGUAACUUGAAGUGUUCGUAAGUCGGACCCCAUUCAUUUACAUGCGACCGCGCUGUUCGUAAGUGCGGAUUGCAUUUGUAACUCGGGGACCGCCUUUAUGAACACUUAAUGGGAGGCUUGGUCGUAAAUACGAACAGUCGUAAAUCGACCAUUCAUAACUUGGGGACUGGCGGUAAUAUAUACAGGUAAAGCUUCCAAAAUUCAUUGGAAGGCAACACAUUUUUAUAUAUAGAUAUAUAUAAAUUUCAUGGACUAAAUCUGUUUAAUGGAUUUUAAUACUCAUUAUACCUGAUCACAAUAAGUGUGGUGUUCUUCUUCUUCCUAAGAAAGCAUUUUUGACUUAGUGUAGAUUUGGAAAGGUACCUCCUGGUUUUGCCACUAUUACAGUUAAAUCAAUGGAACUAAUAAAAAAUGUACUAAAUACAUUAAAUUUAGGCUAUGUCUACACUGCAAGGUUUUGUGUGGCGCGUCCACACCUCAAAAGCGCUUUUGCGCAAGUAAAUCAGCAGUAAAACAGCAGAACCAGAGGGCUUUUGCUGAUGUAGGUAAACCUCCUUCUACAAGGUAUAACUCCCUUUUGCGCUACAGCUAUUGCGCAAAAAGGCAAAUGUCAACGCUCCAGAGGAGUUUCUUGCGCAAGAAACCCCUAUGGGAAAAAGCACAGGUGUUCUGAUGGCCAUUCUGUGAAUGGCCAUCAGAGCUUUCUUGCGCAAUAGUGUCCAUGCGAUGCACUUUGAGGUGUGAAUGUGCUCUUGUGCAAGAAGUUUUUGUGCAAAAACUCUUGUACAAAAGGCUUCUUGUGCAAGAAGUCUGCAGUGUAGAUGUAGCCAUCCUGGUGCAAUGACAUAAAAUGACAAUUUUAGUUCAAAUAUAUGUAGAGUGCUUUAUUGGUGACUCACUACAUAACAAUAUGAAUCAAUCCUUGAAAGACUUAGUGAGGAAAAUAUAGUGUAAUUGAACUUGUUACAAAGCAAAGGAUCAAAUUAGGUCAAAUCCUAGUGUGUUUUUGAAGAUCAGAAUUUGGCAUACAUUUCCCUAGUACAUGCCAACAUUACUGUAUUGGUGUUAAGUUUACCAAUGAUAGUGUGAAUAUGGGCUUGCAAAAUAGAAACAUUUCAGAAUUAAUGUGAUCCAAUACUUAAAGAUGACAGUUUAAACAUUUGUAUUCCUUGGAAAACUAACUUGGAUGCUGACUUCCAUUUCCUUAGACAAACAAA